CCUGGUCCGAUUCCUUCUCACUUGCCAUCAAAAAUCAAAAUCAUGGAAUGCGAAAUGUUUGUCAAUCUUUUUGCGAUGGGAAGGUGGAAGUAACAGUUCUUAGCAAAGAUGGAGAAAGCAACUGCUACGAAGAUCAACACCAUUUCAGUGGCUGAGGAUGGUGAAAAUAAGGAAAUAGAAGUUUUUUCGUUGAAUCUUCGUGGAGCUACAGGUAAGGAUUGAGCUAGCCGGAUGGAAGUGGCAUAUUUCGCUCGGAGGGCACAGAACUUUUUGACUCCAGGAAGACUAUUCGAAAUGCAAUGUCCCUGAUUCUACGUUCAUCACCACAGUCCAUCUCUCUUCACUAGGAGCUAGCAUCGUAAAUUUUUUGUCUAAUGCAGACGAAAACGACGAAGUUGUGGACAUCGUAGCAGGUUACAAGGAUGCAAAAACGUUUCACGAUACCGGCAAUCCACCCUUCUUCGGUGGCAUCGUAGGACGCGUGGCCAACCGAAUCGGCGGGGGCAAGUUUUCUCUGGGUAAGAAAUCUUAUUCGAUUUUCCCAAACAACCCUCCGAAUGCUUUGCACGGCGGGAAAGUCGGGACAUCCCGAAAAAUCUGGGCCCCAGAAAUCAUUCGCGAAGGGUCUGCAUUACAGUUUUCGUUGCAGAGCCCUGAUGGUGAUCAGGGAUUUCCUGGAGAUAUCACCAUCAAAGCUACCUAUAUAUUGAGGCCGUCCUUUUCUCCUUCUGGAGUUCUCUUGCAAUUGGAUAUGCACGCCGAACUGAAUAAUCCAGGAGAAGGCACAGUGAAGGAAACUCCGAUCAAUUUGGCAAACCACUCCUAUUUCAACCUCGGAGACCAAGAGAACGGGAUACUCGACCAUUACUUGCAGGUGGAAUCAGACUCUUACACACCAGUAGACAAGAAUUUCAUACCAACACGAGAAGUUCGAUCACUGGAUGACGAUGGUGUUAUGGAUUUUCGUCAAGGAAAACGUUUGCGGGACGCGUUGGAGAAAUAUGCUAUCGAAAAAAUGGAUCUUUCGGCACAGCAAUCCCAAGAACACUUGGCAGCUCGUAAUUAUUCCUCGCUUCCAAUACCGUACGGCUUUGAUCACAAUUAUGUUGUUCGCAAGCAAAGAGGAACCUCACUACCAAAGAUUGGGUUCUUGACGUAUGGGUUGCGUAGGUUGACGAUAUAUUCCGAUGCUCCGGGCGUCCAAAUUUACACCGCCAACAAUUUGGGCGAUAGCGAUCAGUCUUCUUCGGUAGAUGUGUGCAAAGCAGAAUAUGGCCCUUGGAGUGCUGUUUGCCUGGAGACGCAGCACUUUCCCGAUUCCAUUUCUUCUGCAAAGACAGCAUCCUCGAGCACUCGUGACUUUUGGGCCGGAAAGUGCCCAAUAUUGACAAACGCCGAACCCACUUACAACCAGACGAUGGUCAUGCACCUCGAGAUGGACCAUUCAAAUGCGGAAGCAUCUUACUUUGGAUCCGACACGAACGGGAAAAAGUAUUCCUCGAUCGAAGAGAUGUGGCGAAACCAAGAUUCAUCCACGUGGUAUACCCGUGCGAAGGGUUGGUACGAAGACAAUUGCCCAUCCACCAUUGAUGGAGUUCUGGGCGGUAUAGGUCACAUAUCGUGCAAAGAUCUGGAGGGAUCCCGUGAAUUUUUAAAGCAAUUGAAACUCCCCUCCAGGGCUGACGGAAAAGCCUCUGUAGCUUGUGAAUGCGGUGCAGGAAUAGGUCGGGUCACCAAGGGGCUUCUUCUUGACUUUGCAGAUCGAUGCGAUCUGGUGGAGUCAUCUUCUCGGUUACUUUUCUCGGCUCCCGAUCAUCUCGGCGACAGCUCAUCCAACAAAUGCCGCUUCUUUUGUGCCGAGCUGCAAGACUGGAAGCCCGGAGCUAACAAAUAUUCCAUAGUAUGGAUUCAGUGGGCCUUGUGCUACUUAACCGAUUUCGACAUUGUUCAAUUUUUGCGUCGUUGCUCCUUGAGUUUGGUCGAAGGAGGAUGGAUAGUAUUGAAGGAAAACACCUGCGAGGACCAGGCAUUUGUGGUAGAUAUGGACGAUGCAAGUAUCACGAGAUCACUGGAAUAUUGGUUGGAUCUCAUUGCCAAAAGUGGGCUGCAGGUGAAACGAUUGACCUGGCAAAACAAUUUUCCGGAUGAAAUCUUUCCAGUUCCAAUGAUUGCACUACAAAAGUGAUCUCAAAAGUUGCGACAGCUCUGAACUGAUUUGUAAGCAUUUAUUGACGACUUUCAGUUGUAGCGAAAAAACUUCCUUUCUUCAGUACGAAAACGCUCCUCAUACGUUGCAUGAUACUAGUCAAAGCAUUAGUGAUUCUACUAGUAUUGCAUGUGAGUCAGUUGGUAAUAUUAGAGUCAAGAAACAAUGAUUAGGCUA